GCUCUCAAUCAUUCAAGUUAGAGUCACAGGGCAAAGUGGACGUGCCGACGGAUAUGGAAUUAGUUUCGUUGAAACGUUCAGUUACAUAUAAAAGCACUUAAACAACACUUUAGUGUACCAUAAAACUAAAUAAACAUUACACGUACAUAAAUUAUAUCAGCAACAUACUCAAGCACAUCAAUAGCUUCCACGUAUACUACAUACAGAUAUGAUGCAUGUGCCCCAGUGUGAGUGUUAGUGUACCACAACGCCAAGAUAAUAAGGAUAAGCAGAAAAAAUUCAACAGAAAGCACACUUGAAAAGUGAUUUAAAAAUAGAAAAUACAUAACUCAAUUGGAGCAGUAAAUGCAUGGCUAUCGGUUACAGAUUAACUCUGUGACACACGAUAUUAACGUGAAAUGAAAGUUAAUGUGAGAGAACGUGCUGAAACACACUAUUGGAUUACCAUUUUUUGGUGUGCCUUGGGUGCCAUUGUCAUAGCUGGUAUCGCUGUAAUAUCAUAUUGGAUACGACGAUGCAGCCACUACAGGACAUUACGAGCGAUAUACCGUCACUGCAGUCGACGCCAGUGCACAUUGCCGACGACGUCAUCAUCAGCAACAGUUGCCGGCAGCACGAUCAACUGCAGCUGCAAAAGCAGCCAUUACUGCUGCACAGUCAUACGCAGCCUCCGUCUCAGCUGUUGCUUGUUGAGCAGCAAAAACAAAGGCAUCAACAGCCGUGCAAAGCAUCACAUUACAACACUACCACAACCCCAACCACCAAGACCACCACACCUACCACUCCCGCCGCACCCACACCAACCUCACAACCAGGAACUAACCCAACGAAAUCCAUUUCCACACCCCUAUCCGACGGCCACAACCCUCUUGCCACUCCAGCCACAACCACCGCACCAGCGCCACUACCAUUCCGCCAACAAAAUCAAAAAGUUAUCACAAGAUCACAAUCAUCUAAAGUUAUACAGGAGUUGCAGCAAUUGCACAAUAACAACAAUAACAACCACUAUCAGCAUUCCCAACAACAGCAGCACUCUAUCCAUCAACUAAAGCAACAGCAAUCGUUGCCAGCCACCCUACAUCCACCGCAAGCGGUCAACGGUAGCCAUCAUCCACCGCCAUCCAAGUCCGUGUCGAUACUCGUCUACAAAACGCUUAAUACGGUAUUCAAGAGCAGUCGCAAGAUCAUAGUGCGCGUUUGUGAGGUGGCCAGUGCAAAGAAGUCUUUCACAAUGUUCAAAUUCAAUAAAGCGGCUGCGCAAAAUCGCGCAGAAAAUCGAGCAAACGCCUGCACCGGUCACGAUCAGUUCGUGCGUCCACCAGUUCCCGAAAAGAAAGUUAAGCAUAUAAUGAAGAAACUACAUAAACAAAAUGGCCUGAAACGCUCUAACUCAGCGAUCGAAUUUGACGUAUCCGCACUGACAGCCGCCAACCGUCGACACAUCUACAGCAGCAAUCGAUCAGCCAGUUCGGAACAAGAUAAUUCAGAUCUAUCCGAGCACUCGGAAAAAUCACCAUUGGUUAGCGCGAGGUUAGACAAUCUAGCUAGGCUAUUUUUUAGCAAAUCGAUGCCAGCGGAAACCGGAAGUAGAGAUACCAUAGAUUCUGUGCUAACAACAAGGCCAAAUCUGAAAUAUCAAUACUCGGCAUUGGAUAGUGGCAAUGGCAUUGUGGAGCGCAGUCCACGUGAGCGUGCCCAACGCGAACGCGCCUUUAAUACACUGCAGGAGUGGGUGCAGAACUCGAAUGGUCGUUACGAGAUAAUCGCACAUUUGGAUGAGAUUGGCUCGCGUCAUGGCAAGAAUUGGUUUCUCGUAACCGAUGCGACGGUGCGCACGGAUCGUCUACUGACGUUGCUGCCACUCCCACCGGACUGUGUCGCCUUUGAGGAUUUGCCCGCAAAUGAGAAUCCGAAGCCGAUGCUGAUGGAAUUACUUGGCUCACUGCAUCACCCAUACAUUUAUCCGAUAUUGGAUUUGGGUUUUCUGCAGUUGAGUUCAAGUAAUUUCGCCUGUCUGGUUACGCCAUUCAAUUCGCGCGGCAGCUUAAAGGAUUUAAUUUAUAGGACGCAAUGGAAUGAACCAUGGGCACGGAAAUACACAGGCAAGCCCAACGGCCUGCCCGUCUCUCAAGUGCAGCGACUGGGUCGACAAAUCUUAGAGGCAUUGCUAUUUCUGAAAGAGCGCGGCUUCCCUCUACAUGGACAUUUGCAUAGCGGAAAUGUGAUUCUACAAAAUGGCGCCGCCAGACUAUCCGGCCUCGAGAAUGGCCUGCUUGGUCUUAGUUCUCGUAUUAAUGCUGUUAUGUGGUCGCGUUCGACAACGGAAAUCGAAAAUGUCGAUAUCAUCUGCUUCGGCCAUUUGAUAUACGAAAUGUGCACCGGUCAAGAAAUGACCACACCCAAACCGUCCAUGCGGGUGCUCGAAAUGGAAUUGGAGCAUUUCCCACAGAUUUUAGAUGUACUUGGCCUAAUAUUCGAACCGCCCAGCGGUGUGUGCCCCUCCGUCGAGGACUUAGUUUUAUGUGAUCUCUUCAGAAGCAUCGAUUUGCGUGAAUUGCGUGGUCCAUGCUUUAGCACAAUCAAGCCGAGCCUCAGCAGAUCCACACUUAAUUUGCUAUAUGCAGUUAAAAAGCGGCAAUGUGCAUCGCUGGGCAGCUCACUUAGCGAGAUGAGUUCACCAAGUACGCCGCCAUCAACACCACGUGACAGCCAACGCGGCUUUAGUCGUACAAUGGACUCUUUCGAUAUAUCUAGCGAUUCCGAGGAAGGGUUGCUUGAUGAAAUCCUUGUCGAUGGCAAUUAUCACCAGCAACGCUUACAACAGCUGCAGCGCAUGCAAAACUAUCACCAGCGCCAGCAUCACUCUUACCCACAGCACUACUACGGUCAGUUCUCAGCAUUUUCACAACAUCACGUCCAACAUCACCAGCACUGUAAACAAAACAAGCAGCUGGAGUAUGAUGCCACUGAGUCGUCACCCCUUCACUAUUGUGAAAAUACCACCACCCAAUCUGAUGACAAUAUCUAUAGUACUCAAGAAAAUCAACUUUCGACACAACAUUCAAAAUCACAACAACUACGAACCGAGUCACCGUCACCAACGCCACCGCCGCCAUCACCACCACCACCACCACCUUUGCCAACAAUACGUUGUAGCUCCAGCAAUAAUUUAAAUGCACCAACAUUGAGUUCAAGUGUUGGUCGCUUAUCGGGAAGUAGCACAAGCAUUGCUUCAACAACUGGCGUUGCUGCUUCAGCACCGGCUACAUUCAUUGCUGAGGAGAAUAAUGACUCUGGCGAAAAUACAAUGCAGCCAGGUCAAUUGGAGCUCGAAGGCGAUGAUAGCACAUCAAACAAUGGCAGCACAGCUAGCAGUGAAUCGUCUGUUCAUCAAGUUGAUUCAACCAGCCCAAGUCAUGGCAACGAUACCGCAAAGGCAUCCACAUCAGCAGCGGCCGCAGCAGCAAAUGUCGUAUCGGCUGGUGCUUCAUUCAACCAUCAAUUGACGGCCGACAUAUGCAACUACAAAAAUUCAAAGAGCCGACGGCUCGAGUAUUCACUCAAGUGUUUGAAGUAUGGUCGCAGUAACCCGUCGCAGGAUUCGGCUUUUGGGUCGUUGACAGACAAUGAUCUCUCAGUUGGGUCGUCUAGUUUUCGCAUAAGUAGUUUUCAAUCGAUUUCAUCACCAAUUGAUGAGGGUGUAGAGGAUGUGAUAAUAGCGACAACAACAGGUGGGAAAGAAACUUGCUUAGAACUAGCUACCAUACCAAGGAGCAUGGUAUCACAAGAUUCCGCUAUAUCUUCACCAUGUCGAGAAACGUCGCCAAGUAACUUUUUGAACAUUGACGAUGGCAUGUCCGGCUCUUGUUCGGGUGCAUCCACUUCGUCCGGGUCAACAGGCAAUAUACGUCCGCAACAGUUUCCCGUCUCUCUUUCGCCUAAAAUACUCGUCACUGCCACCACUAACUCUAGCAAUUCGUCACUUUCUUCGUCUAGCACCGCAUUACCCCAAGCACAACAAUUCGAUCCACCCAAAAUUCUUGUUAACGAUCAAAACUCUAUUUAUACAACUUCACCCUCGAAACGUACCGGCACCAUUGAAGUAUUUUCACAAAAAUAUCGCGUCAGUUCUUUCGAAGAUAUGUCGCCUAAUAAACGCUCAUCUUCCGACAAACUCUUGAAAAAUGUUAAUCGUAUGGCAUUCCGUUCCCUCGAAGAGGAACGACGCAUUGAUAGCGCUUUCAUGCCCAUUGUAGAUCGCACAAACUCGGAAAAUCGCGUCAACAUGCAACGAGAUGAAAAAUAUAAAAAACUCACUCACGCCUCUUUUCGCAUCAGCAAGACUUCGAGUCAAGUGGUUGUCUAUGACAAUUCGCCCAAUCAACUGAUCAGCACCUCACCAGCAGGCACUACAAAUGUCAUACCAAGUGACGAGCUGCAGCGCCCAGCCACAGCAUCGGGUUCGGUGACCAGCCGACAAACUAUGUGGCGCGAUAGCAAAUUCUAUCGCAAGAAUCGCAUAGCAAAAUCGAAUGAUUCCUUGUUGGAAACAUCACCAAAUCAUUCAGCUCGACUGUCGCCAUCUUCGUUGCGUGACAAUCACUUCGACAGCAAUUCUUCUUACGGCAGUCGCAGUCACAGUCGACAAUCACUAAAUCGUGGCAGUUCUAUCAAUGAGAUAUCGGGUCUAAAUCAGGCAUUUGGUGGGGGCGGCACUCAAGGCUUGGCGGUUACCACCAGCUUCUGCAGCAACGUCGGCACAUCGGCUGCUGGCCGACGUUACUGUAGUUCAAAGAGUGAAGAUCUCGGUGAUUCGAAUAAUUAUUUACGUGUUAUGGACGCACGUAAAUCGUAUUCGGAGCGGCAUUUAGUUACACUAACCAAACUAAAGCAAACUGCCAUAAACAACACGAUGAGCGGAAGUGAGCAAUGUUGCCUUUCUGAGGAUGAAAUGAGCUUCUAUGAUGACAAUAAUGUUUACAGUUAUAUGUAUUACGCGGAGCAGCAGCAACAACAUCAUCAGCAUCAUGCGAAAAAGCACAAUCGGCAGCAACAACAGCACCAGCAACAGCAGUGCCAGCAACUACAGCAGCGACGUAGUCAUUAUAAUCAACACCAGCCAGUCAAGCAAGCAAAGCAACAACAACAUCAGCAACAGCAAUCACAUCACCACCACCAACAACAACAACAGUCCAAACGUCCCUACCCCAAUCAAUUGAGCUGGAGCAGUUGCUCCAUAAAUCGGCUCAAGACGAUCAAUCUGAAAACCACCUCUUUGGCUACACUAUCCUGCCAUCAAAAUCUAGCUUCCUCCGCUUCAGCACACUCCCCCAAUGCUGUUAGCAAUACAGCAGCCAGUACUAUAGAAGCUCUGCCACACGUCUCACGUAGCGCUAUUUUCAAAUCCGUCGAUCAAUUUGUCAACUUGACCGAGAAGAAAAGAUGUGACGGUGGUGUUGGCAGUGGAGGCAGCGGUACCUGCACUGCCACCGACGACAACAGUUCCCCCGACGAUUCACCAACACAUCAGACAUUAAGUGGCGCUGAACUCUCGAAGAUUUUUGCCAUGCACGACGCCCAAGGCAGCCAGUGUAGCGAGGAGAAGACACCGCUGCUGGACAGCGUUGAAAUGUCGCCAAUCAGUCCGACUGAGCCGGAGGAAUUGGCCAAUGGAGAAAAAAUGUGAUAUACUAAAUUUCAGUAAAUACAUUAAACAAUUAAAAUAAACUCGCGAAAAAUUAAAUGAUAUUUAAGUAUGUGAAAAUCGCGUUAAAUAGGAAGCGGAUCUUCAACAGAUCACAAAAAGAGUAUAUACAUAAGUCACGAUAUAUUCAAGAAAAAGUAAAGGUUAUUUAAAGAUAAAGGUUUAUAAAGAUAAAGCAAAAAAAGAUUUAUUUUGAUUAUUUUUGAGAUGUUGAACGCAAAGCAUGUGAAAUUAACUAUAAAGUGUUUUUUUUUUACUUUCUUUUUUAAUUGCGCAAUGUGUGGAUAGUGUAAUAAAUUGAAAAUUGCGCUCUUUUUUGUUAUAAAAAUUUUCGUAUUUUAGGAAACAGUUAGUUGAAAAUAUUAAGCACACAAAUUUAGUAUUGUCUUUUGGAUUUUUUUUAAAUGUUAUUUUUAUUUUUAACUUACAUAAUUGCCAUUUUGCGCCACACUUUGGAGUUAAAAUAAGGUGUUUCUUCAACUAAACCACAACAAAACAUUUUCUUGAAAAUAUAAUCGAUUUUUAAAUACUCUUAGGGUUGCAUGUGUAUAUAUGAGCGUUCACAAAUUGUCCAAUAAAAAAACAACAGGAACAACUAAAAAGGAAAUAACAAAUUUUAUGUAAGGAAAAUAUCAACAUAAAAAAUGGUAUAUUGAAAAGUCAUUAACUAUCAUCAUUACUACAGCAACUACCAUCCUUAUGAUAAUUUUAAGUAAUAAAUGAAGCAGAUAUAUUUAAAAUGUAUUUAAGUGAGUCGUGUUUUGAAGAAUAUUUCCUUCAGUCUUCAACCAAAGUGUUAUAAAAUUUUAAAUCAUAUAAAUCUUUAAAAAACCUGAAAAGAAUUGCAGAACUCUAUAAAACAAACUUAUUAUACAAUAUGACGUAAUGUUUAGGGAAUACGUUAUUUGCUUGAAAAUUUCAACAACAAAAAAUAAUAAUUUAUUAAGGUAUAGAAAAAAUAUAUACACAUACAUACAUAUAUUCGAAAAUGCGAACUUUUAACUAAAUAGCAUAAACAGUGUAACUGCAGAAAAACUUUUUGUGUCAUUUUGACACCACCACUGAAUACAAAAUAAAUACUUAGUAGCAAUUCUCAAAACUAAAACCAAGAAAAAACAAAACAUGUUGUACUAGUGUUGAAGUUAGUGAAAAAUAUUGAACUCUAAUAUUAAACAAGAAUUGCAUCGAGCUUUCAAAAAUUAAAAGAAAAUUAUAUAUAUAAAUGGAUUGUAAAUUAUUUCCCCCAGAUUUCUUUCUAAGUGCAUAGAUGACGCCGCAAACGAUGGCAAAUUUUAUUAUAUACUUUUAAGGUAUCAUAUAAUAGUAUAAUUUUAGGCGCAUUAAGUAGUAGGCUAAUGACAUCACGAAUGCCCAACCUUUUGGUAGUAAAUUAGCUUUAAAAUUCAGAAAAGAUGAAAACAUGUACGAGUAAAUGCUCUCAGCACAUUUAAUUUAUAAUGAAAACCAAAAACAAAGCCUUAAUAAAUUCAUUUCGAUUACGAACACAUUUUGCAUGCGGUUAUGUUAAAGUACAACAAAUGUGAAACGACAGGCAACGAAACGUCGCUGCUGCUAAGUGAGACUUCGAUAAGAAACUGGAAUGGAAAUCUAUAGAAAGUAAUAUGUAACAACCGUCGUAUAGAGAGAAUCCCAUAUAAAUUAAGUGGCUUUUAAACAGCUCAUAAGAAAUCUAUAUACAUAAAUAUUAUAUAAUAUUUAACUUUGUUUUUUAUUUUCAAUUUUAUUUUCAUACUUCAGUAAAUGUAGUACACGCAAAAAAGUUUAAAUGUUAAAUAAUAAAAUGUUAAAUAAUGCCGAAAUCUCCGAUAAAAACUCAAACAAAGAACUUUAGACCCAUGCCCACACGUACAUACACAAGCACUAUGCAUCGCACAUUCCAGACAGCAAAAAUUGUACAAGAGUCGAAAGGAAAAUUCCACAAAAUAAUAUGAACUAGUUACCUUAACGAUGUAAAACAAUCAAGCAGCAACAUAACCGAUAUCACGAAUCUAACGUUAAUUGUAAAAGUCAGUCAAAAUAUAUGCAUGCGACAUUUCACAAUAUAUUAUACUCGUAUAUAUAUACUAUAUAUGUAGAAAAAUAUCCAGUUCAUACUUGGAAUGCACCUCAUAAAAUAAAAUUUAAAAGAAAAUGCAGAAUAACCAUGAAGGCCGAGUUCUAUAUUGUCGCAAUUUGUUAUUCACUAUUUUUUUCAAGUUAUUUGUUAUUGCUUUUGGUAGUAACAAAAAACAAAAUGCACGGCAAAGGUAGGUACUCGUAACCGAAUAACGAAUUACGACAACAACAGCCAUGUCAGUAUACUUGUUUCAUUUUGUUGUAAAGACGGAGAGAUAAUUACUGUAGAGGCUAUACAAAAUACUUUUAUUUAGAUACCAAAGCAUAUAAUUUGCCUCGGUUUCAUUCAAAAACUAAAUUAUAAAUACGAUAAUGUUGUUACAUAUGUAAAACAUAUAAUAUUAAAUUAAAAUGCAUAGUACAUGUUCGUUUUCAUACCCGUUAGUGUAUUGAUUAGCUUUAGAAAAAAUAUUUUUCCCAGAACGUAAAUUAUGUCAUUAGGUACUCAUAAAUCGGUGAUAUUGUUAAGUAUAUAGUUUAACUUUUAUUUUCCACUGUACUACGUAAAUAAAAUUAAAUAAAUAAAGCGAAUGUAUUUGAGUGGCGUUUGACUGAAAUAUUAUUAGGUAAGUUGUAACCUUGGAAAAAUACGAGCAUAAUCCAAAAAUAAUAAAUA